AUGGAGAGAACUUCACCUCCUAGAAAUACAAAAGAAGAAGAAGCUGGGUCGCUGUCAUGUUGGGGUCGUCUCAAGUACUUGAAGUUUCCAUGGACUAAAAGAAGAAUAAGCAGCAACACCACAACGUCUUCAAGACAGAAGAGUAAUGUAGGUUGCAACAUAACAGCAGCUCUCAUGAGAAACAAUAGAAAACCAAAAGUACCAGCUGGAGGACGUUUUAGGUAUUCCCCUUUGAGCUAUGCUCAAAAUUUUGAUGAUGGUAGCUGGGAUAAUGAUGAUAUUCACGAGGAUGAUGUAUAUCCAGGGUUCUCUUCCAGAUUUGCUCCACCUUCAUCAAGAUCGCUUGAAGAAGAUAAAUAA